CUCGUGCCUGAAAUAAAAGGAAACAAUCUCAGCCCAAGAUAGAAUGAGAUUCAGAAGACAUGGAAGAAAUAGAGUGAAAGUUUACUUCAAUUCUAUUGUUGUGAAGGAGGAAUAUUUAGUCCAAGGAGAACCUCAAACUGAUUAUGACAGAGAUCCAGAGAACCCAGGCUAUUCGCAAGAGAUUCACUUCGACAUCAUUGAACUGGAAGUGGCAGAGAAGGAGAACAGCCAAGAAAACAGGAGCACACCUGAGACAGUUGUGGCUGAGGAGAAGAACUUUCCUUGUCGAUACUGUGGAAAACUUUUCCGGUCGAUUUACAGUCGCGAUGAGCACGUUGUCGUUCACACGGAAGAGCGAAACUUUCCGUGCUCCAUCUGUACCAAAACGUUUAGGCACAAGAGUAACCUUAGAAGACACGUUCGCGGCCACUAUGCCUUCAACGAGGCCUGCCCGAUUUGCGAAAAAGUAUUCCACAACUACGAGAGCUUGAAGGAGCACAAGAAGCGGCACACGGAGAAGCGCUUUCAGUGUGACCUGUGCCAUCAUAGGUUCGUCUACCAAUGCCACUUGACUAAACACAUGCAGAACUCUCACCAGAAUCACAUAUAAAUAUCUACCUUAAUUAUAUAAAGUGCUUGUGAAUCCACUGUAUAUAUAUAACAAUAAAACAGUUUAGCAUCACUUCGAGAAUAAGAACUCUCAAAGCAAUAA